CCCGCGAUGCGCGGAUUGCGACUCGAUUGCUGAAUUGACUAUCAAUUGUCUAGCUAGACAUUCAGGCAGAUCAAGAUGGUCUUCAUCCUCGGUGUCAACUUCCCUGAGCGGAACCUGCUCAAGAAAUCUCUCGAGACCUUCUUCGGAGUCGGCAAUCACACCUCCUCCCGCCUCCUGGCCCGCUUCAAUAUCCACCCGACCUGCCGCGUCGGCGAGCUCGCCAAUAAGCAGGUCCUCGACUUGACUGCCGUGCUGUCGGAUAUGAAGAUUGAGAAUGACUUGCGACGAGAGGUCUUGAAUGACAUCAAGCGCCUGAAGGAGACCGGUACCUACCGUGGUCGUCGUCAUGCACUGGGUCUGCCCGUUCGAGGACAGCGCACAAGGACUCAGAUCAAAACCCCCGUUAAGCUCAACCGGAUGGAGCGCCGGCUAUGAAUUCGGCGUCCUUCCAAGAAUAUUUGGACCUUGUUAUGGGGCAAUCUCUCGUAUCUUGCGUGGGAGGCAUGGGAACGGCGUUUUUGACUUGAGGGCUGGCUUUUUCUCGCCAGCUAUGUGAAUGUACACUCUAUCAAUGUAUUAUAUGUCAAUUCAAAAGGAGAAAAUAACAAAUUCGACAACUUCUCUG